CGCUCGCGGCCGCGACGAGGCCACCCGGAUCCUGUACGCCGUCCUGGGCGUUAUCGGGGAGGGGGAGGUCUCCAGCCAGGCCCUCUCCAGGGGCGCCGCGUGUUUUGCGGCGUCGGGGCGGUUCCACAAGUGCCGGGCACAAGCGCUGCUGGCGGAUUGGUUCGAGCAGCCCGCGCUGCUGGAGCUGUUCGCAGGCGCGCAGGUGCGCGCCGCGUACGACUGCGCCCCCAAGAG